UAAAAUUUUCUUUCUGUUUCUGACAAUUUCGUUUGCUUGCAAUUAUUCUCAGAAGUCAGAAGUUCUUUCAUUAAUUUUUGUAAACAAUUUGUAACUUCGUUCAAUUAAAUAAAAACAAAUUCUACUUAUCUCAAUUAAAUAAUUUAUAAAAACUUAAACUCAAAAUGUCUUAUCAACUCUACAGAAAUACCACUCUUGGAAAUACACUCCAAGAAAGCCUCGAUGAACUUAUUCAGUUUGGACAAAUCACACCCGCAUUAGCAUUUAAAGUUCUACUACAAUUCGACAAAUGCAUUAACACUGCACUCAAUCAACGGGUUAAGGCUCGUGUCACAUUCAAGGCAAACAAAUUGAAUACGUAUCGAUUCUGUGACAACGUCUGGACACUUAUGUUGAACGACGUUGAAUUCCGAGAGGUCCAUGAGUUUGCCAAGGUCGACAAAGUUAAAAUAGUCGCCUGCGAUGGAAAGAGUGAAUUUAACUAAAAAAAAAACGACUUAUUUUUAUAUAAAAAAAAGCAAGAAAAAAAGAACUCCGUUCCAUAUUGUUUGGACGUAUUUUUUAAUUUAUUUUAAUUGUGUUUUCCUGAUAAUAAUUAUUUUUUCCCUUUUGCACUACUUGGUCUAUUGUAUUGAUAGUUUCUAUAAAACGUACUUUUAGUACUAAAUCUAUAAUUUUAAGAUUUAAGCGAUAUGAAAUAUAUUGAAGAUUGUAUAACUUUUUCUAAUUAAUAAAUUGUUAUGCCAUGUC